UCAAAUAUUUAAAUGGAUCCUUUCAAUUUGCCUAAUAAUUUUGAAUCUGAUGAUGAAAUUGAGGAGUUCAGAUUAUACAGGAAUCCUAAAGUGUUCAAAGUCAGGCCCAAUUAUUUUGAAGAAUAUGAUGAACUAGAAUUUUUUAAGCGUUUUCGGUUGCAGAAACAGACCUGUGCUAUGCUGUUAGGUUUAAUUCGAGAUGAAAUAACAUCAGCAACAGAUCGCAAUAAUGCCAUACACCCUGAGACAAAAAUUUUUCUAACUUUGCGGUUUUAUGCUACAGGUUGUAUGCUACUUACCACAGGUGAUUUCACAGGGGUAAGCAAAACAUCUGCCUGUAUCAUUGUGACUCAGGUCACAGAGGCUAUUGCUUCUUUGCGACCAAGAUUUGUUAAAUUACCAGAGGGAGAAAUGGAGUGUCAGAGGAUAAAAGAAGAAUUUUAUUCAAUUGCAAGGUUUCCUAAAGUUAUUGGUACUAUUGAUUGUACCCAUGUACGCAUUAUUUCACCGGGUGGUGAUCAAGCGGAGAGGAUAAUGGACAUUGUUGCUCGCUGGCCUGGCUCUUCCCAUGAUCAGACUAUUUAUAAUAAUAGCAGACUUAAAGGAACAUUGGAAAGUGGAAGAUUUGGAACAUCGGUGCUUUUGGGUGACAGUGGUUAUGGCAACACCAACUUUUUAAUCACACCUUUGGAACAUCCAAAUACUCGAGCAGAAGCUCUCUAUUUAAUGAAUCCCACAUUCGUACACGUAACUGUGUGGAAAGGUCAUAUGGGGUAUGGAAAAGAAGAUUUCCCAUUUUAUCUUUAGGGAUGCGUGUAUCAUUGGACCAUUCAAAGGCAAUAAUAGUAGCAACUGCAGUUCUACAUAAUUUGGCAAUU